GUGCCAACUAUAAUGGCAGAGAAGGGCACAGCGAGGCAGCCAUAGGAGCAGAUUGCAGAGCAGCCAGUGUGGCCGGUAGCCGGUAGCCAGUAGUCGCACACACAGAAAGGCCCACCUUUUCUUCUCCCCUGGUGCUCUCACGCUUGUUCGCUCAUGGCUCUCUUCGCCUGUCUCUUCUUCCUCCUGCUCACGGCCCACAAUGCCGCUGCCGCGCCGCACCACGGCCCCGCCGCUCACGACUACCGGGACGCUCUGACCAAGUCCAUCCUCUUCUUCGAGGGCCAGAGGUCCGGGAAGCUGCCGCCGUCCCAGCGAGUGUCCUGGCGAAAGGACUCGGGCCUCUCCGACGGCUCUUCCAUCAAGGUUGAUUUGACGGGAGGGUACUACGACGCCGGGGACAAUGUCAAGUUCGGGUUCCCGCUGGCGUUCAGCGCGACGAUGCUGGCGUGGAGCGUGCUGGAGUUCGGCGGGAUGAUGAAGGGGGAGCUGCAGCACGCCAGGGAUGCCGUCCGCUGGGGCUCCGACUACCUCCUCAAGGCCACCGCCCAUCCCGACACCGUCUACGUCCAGGUUGGGGACGCGAGCAAGGACCACGCGUGCUGGGAGCGGCCAGAGGACAUGGACACGCCGAGGACCGUGUACAAGGUCGACCCGAGCACCCCCGGCUCCGACGUCGCCGCCGAGACCGCCGCCGCGCUCGCCGCAGCCUCGCUCGUCUUCCGCAAGUCCGACCCAGCCUACUCCAGUCGCCUCGUCGCCAGGGCCAAGAGGGUGUUUGAGUUCGCUGACAAGCACAGGGGCACAUACAGCACCAAGCUCUCGGCAUACGUCUGCCCCUACUACUGCUCCUACUCCGGAUACCAGGAUGAGCUGCUAUGGGGCGCCGCAUGGCUACACCGGGCGACCAAGAGCCCCACUUACCUGAGCUACAUCAAGGUGAACGGCCAGCUCCUGGGCGCCGACGAGCAGGACAACACGUUCGGCUGGGACAACAAGCAUGCCGGAGCAAGGAUCCUCCUCUCCAAGGCGUUCCUGGUGCAGAAGGUGGGUGCGCUGCAGGAGUACAAGGGCCACGCCGACAGCUUCAUCUGCUCCAUGGUUCCCGGAACCCCCACCGACCAGACGCAGUACACCAAAGGUGGCCUCCUGUUCAAGCUCAGCGACAGCAACAUGCAGUACGUCACCUCCAGCUCCUUCCUCCUGCUCACCUACGCCAAGUACCUCGUCUCCGCCAAGAAGACCGUCUCCUGCGGCGGCGCCGUCGUCACCCCGCAGCGCCUCCGCGCCAUCGCCAGGCGCCAGGUGAACUACUUGCUUGGGAGCAACCCGAUGGGGAUGUCGUACAUGGUGGGGUACGGGGCCAAGUACCCGCGGAAGCUCCACCACAGGGCCUCCUCGCUGCCGUCCGUGGCGGCGCACCCGGGCAAGAUCGGGUGCUCGCAGGGGUUCACGGGGCUCUACUCCGGCGUGGCCAACCCCAACGUGCACGUCGGCGCGGUCGUCGGGGGCCCCAACCAGAACGACCAGUUCCCCGACCAGCGCAACGACUACGAGCACUCCGAGCCGGCCACAUACAUCAACGCGCCGCUCGUCGGGGCGCUCGCAUACCUCGCGCACUCCUCCGGCCAGCUCUAGGCCGCGGAAGAUUGUUGCAUUGCAGCACGGACGCCUUAAUUGGUCUGGCGAUUAAGUCGUGUGCUAGUACUAGUUGAUUGUGUCAUUGUGUGUGUGUGAUUCGGGGGACCCCAGUGCAAGCAAAACAAAGGGCACUAGUGGGUCUUGAUUUAUCGUUACUAAAGCACGCCCAGCUCUGCUCCGUGUAUUUCUGUCCUUGUUGCAACUCGCAACUCAUUGUGGAAUCAAUCAAGUGCUUAUCAAUUCAGAUAGUCUACUCGAUCCGUA